CAGGCGCCCAAGCUGGAGGGCGGAAGCGGAAGGCUCGACGCGUCGGUGGGAGCCCGAGUGACCGUAACCAUGCGCGGCCUGGAGGAGUCGGGGCCUCGACCCACAGCGACCCCGUGCGGGUGCAUAAAGCCAGCCCUGGAGACAGGGAAUCUAUUAACUGAGCCAAUAGGCUACUUGGAAUCCUGUUUCUUGGCCAAGAAUGGCACGCCAAGGCAACCAUCCAUUUGUAGCCAUUCUCGGGCCUGUUUAAGGAUUAGAAAGAGCAUCUUUAAUAAUCCUGAACAUUCCUUGAUGGGCCUAGAACAGUUUUCCCAUGUUUGGAUUUUGUUUGUUUUUCACAAAAAUGGUCAUUUGAGCUAUAAGGCAAAAGUGCAGCCCCCUAGGCUGAAUGGUGCAAAGACUGGUGUGUUUUCCACAAGGAGCCCUCAUCGUCCCAACGCCAUAGGACUGACCCUGGCCAAGCUGGAAAACGUGGAAGGUGGAGCUGUUUACCUGUCUGGAAUUGAUAUGAUACAUGGCACACCUGUACUGGACAUAAAGCCCUACAUAGCUGAUUAUGACUCGCCACAGAAUUUGAUGGAGCCUUUAGUGGACUUUAAUUUACAGAAUAACCAACCUAAGCCAAACACUGUGUUCCAGUGUGAAGGCAAGAAUGACAGCUAUGACCAGCGACAGCUCUCAGGGUACAGUGACUCUCAGCCCCAUUGCAGCACUGAGGAGAAACCUACAUGUCCUGAAGACAGAACUUCCAAAGAAAGCUACCCGAGAUGUGACAGCACAGGGGAAGGCCAGCAGACUUUGCCUAUGCACAGAGAAAGAGCAACAGAUUUUGGUUUGGAAUCAAGAAAUGAUCAGAGUCCUAGUGUGGCUGAAGAACAGAUUGUCCUGUGUGGCCUGGAAAAUAGCUGUCCAGAGGAAGGUACAGAUGAGGGGCCAAGGAGUGAGGAAGGAGCAGUGGAAGGAGCAGUGGAAGGAGCAGCGGUUCUGCAAGGGAGCAGUGUUGAUACGCAGCCCACGUCUCCUCUCUGUGGGGCCAGGAGGGCUGAUAGAGCUCCCCACAGUGUGGUUCCUGCCUGGGUGAGAGAGGCCCCUGUGGCCCCUUUACAAGUGCGGUUUACUCCUCAUGCUGAGAAGGAGCUGGGGCAGCUCAGUUCAGGAGGUGAACCAGGUGUGGAUCAGCCGUCUUUUAGGUAUUUUCAGUCAGCAGAGGAAGCGAGGCGUGCAAUUGAGGCCGUGCUGGAGGCUGAUCCUCGGUCCGUGUAUCGCCGCAAGCUCUGCCAGGACCGCCUUUUCUACUUCACUGUAGACAUAGCACACGUCACUUGCUGGUUUGGAGAUGGCUUUGCAGAAGUUCUAAAGAUCAAGCCAUUUCUUAGCCCCUGCAGCUGACUGCCCUGCAGAGCCCUUGGUGUCCCUGGGAUCUUAAGCUUCCAUGGUGGUUGAGACAGUCCCAUUGACCUCUGCAUGUGACUUCUGGGUUUCCUGUUCAAGCUGAUGUUGUGUCUUCUUUGCAGAAGGAAGCAACACUUUGUGCUAUGUUUGAUUGGUAAUGUUCAAAAUAUUUAUUUGGAAAAACAUUAAUAAAUUUAACUGGGAGAUAUAAAAUAUGGAGUAAUCACCAGAUGCUUUUUGACCUGCUGAUAUUGAAGAAUCCAA